AUGUUUGCAACGCAAUUAGAAGCUUUAUUAUCUGUUGUUGGCCCUCAUUUGCAAAAGCAAGAUUUUAUAAGAGAGGCUAUAACACCUGCAGAACGUUUGGCACUAACGUUGAGGUAUUUGACAUCUGGUGAUUCCAUGACAUCUAUGACAUUCCAAUAUCUUAUGGGGAAAACGACAGUAUGUAAUAUCGUACGCGAAACAUGUUCAGUAAUUUGGAACGUUCUGCAUCCUAUGGUUUUACCACCGAUACUAACAAAAGAAAAGUGGAUAGAAAUCACUCGGGACUUUAAAGAGUUGAGAAAUUUUAUUCAUUGUAUCGGAGCCAUAGAUGGCAAACAUGUUAUCAUUCAAAAAAUAGCGCUACACAUAGCGCAUAGAGGCACAAGCCCGCACAGCCCUAAUAAUGCUGGUUCGAGUUAUUACAAUUAUAAAGGGGCUUACAGUGUAGUAUUGUUGGCAAUUUGUGAUGCACAAUAUAUUUUUCGUUAUGUCGAUAUCGGGGCCUAUGGACGACAAAGCGAUGGUGGUAUUUUUCAAGCCAGCACGAUUGGUCAAAAAUUCGAUUCGGACCACAUGAAUGUUCCAAAACCAGCAGCAAUUGAAGGAGGGCGGAUAUUACCGUAUUGCCUUGUUGGAGAUGAAGCUUUUCCUCUCAAGUCAUACUUGCUUCGCCCUUAUCCAGGCAAAAAUGGACUCACACCAGAGCAAGCUGUGUAUAAUUAUCGCUUGAGUCGUACUCGGAGGAUGAUUGAGAAUACUUUCGGUAUUUUAGCAAGUCAGUGGCGAAUAUAUCGAAAACCGAUAAUUGCUAAUCCAAAAAAUGUUAUGUUAAUGAUUCAAGCAACAGUUUGCUUGCACAAUUGGCUUCGAAAAUGCGAUGCAGACAAUGCUACGUAUUUGAACGCAGGUUUAGUCGAUGAAGAUGAUCCGAAUAGCUCAAAUGGAUUUAGGGAUGGCUCUUGGCGAAGAAUUUUUGAGAACGGAUGUGCAUUUACAGAUAUAACUCGAAGCGGAUCAAACAUGAGUGCUCGCAGGUGCAUGACAAUUAGGGACAAAUUUUGCGAUUAUUUUAACAAUGAAGGAGCAGUAUCAUGGCAAGAGAAUCGUUUUUAA